CAUUUGCAAUACAUAUUGAAGCUUCAAAAUGUCGGGCAGGUCUCAGUUGUUCGUUGGGCGCUUGCCUCUUGAUGUUAGAGAAAGAGAUAUUGAAAAUAUAUUUGAAAAGUAUGGAAGACUUUUGCGAUGUGAUGUUAAGUAUGGCACUGGAAUGGCAUAUGCCUUUGUGGACUAUGAUGAUCGUAGAGAUGCUGAGGAUGCUAUUAAAUAUGAAAAUGGACGUGAACUUCGCGGACAAAGUAUUGUAGUGGAAUGGGCCAGAGGACCGUCUUUUCGUCCAUCCAGUCAUGCUAUGAAAUCUGGGGGAGGACGUUCACGUUCAAUAUAUGAUGAAUGUUAUCAUUGUCGGCAUUCUGGUCAUUGGGCUCGAGAUUGUCCUGAAUUGGAGAGGGAUCGCUUCUAUCGUAGAAGGUACUGGUCACGAUCAAGGUCGAGAUCACGAUCUCGCAGACGAAGAAGUUACAGUAGAAGCCGCUCAAAGAGUAAGGAUCAUCGACCUCGCCACAAGAAAAGUAGAUCUCGCAGCCGAAGUCAUGAACGCAGUAAACCAAACCGUAGUAGGACAAGGAGUAGGUCUUCUUCUGGCUCUAGGUCAAGGUCUCGUUCAAGGGAGGGUGGUGAUGAUAAAGUAGAAAGCAACAGAGAUAAAGAUAGGAGCAGAAGUCAUUCGGCUAGCAAGAGUCGUUCACGUUCUCAUGAAAGUGAAAAACAUAAGAGCAAAAGCCCAAGUGCAGAAAAUGAUCAUGAAGAAAAAGGGGAUGCUACUGAUGAAAAGAAGCGGAACAGUAAGGACAAGAGCCGCUCUAGAAGUAGAAGCCACAGUGCAAGUAAAUCUCCAUUUGAAAGUCCGAAGGCCCAUAACGAGGAAGAUCAAAAUGAUGGUGACGCAGGAAGUGAACAAAAUGAGAAGUGGGGAUCUUCUCAGUAAAAAAAUGUCACUGUAUCUUUUCGUUUUGAUUAGUUUUGAAUGCAGGUGAUUUAAUUGGACUUUUUUCAUUUUGUUGCUUCUUAAGAAUAUUUCUUUAUUUUUUUACAGGACAAAUGGUCAUAAAUAGAUUGAAAUUUUCCAAAUGUUUUAUUUUUUGGGGCAUAGUAAACUUACAUUAAGCACUUUCAUAAGAAAAGCCACACUGUUUUUAACAUCAAUGUAGAAGCAUAUUUUCACUAAUGAUAAUUGUUGUUUGUUCUUUGCAACACUUAUAUUCCAUGUUGUUUAUUUAUAAUUAAUUUUUGACGUCACUUGAGAAGAGUGCUUAUGUAAUAUGCAGCCAAAAUGUUCCAUGGUCAGUUUUAUUUUGUAGAAUGAAAAUGCAUGUGAUGGUUGUAAUUACAUAUCAUUGUUUAAUUUUCCUUUCUGUGAAUACAUGUUUCAUGACUCAUUACACGAGUACAAGACUGUUUUUGAAAAUUUCUUUGAGCUUAAAGCUCGUAAAGCAUUCUUUCCCCAUUAAGUGAGUUUCAUGUAUUAACAAUUCGGUGUGGAAAUAGUUAAUGCUAACAAAAUUUCAAAUCAUAAAGCCUGCAAAUUAUAAACGUUAUAAUUAGAAUAGAUUAUCAAAUAUGGUUCUGUUAGUAAAGUUUGUGUCUAGUGAUUCUGGAAAUAAAUUUUAUUAUCUUUGUAUUAAGUGUAAUCUUAUAAUUAAAUGUUUUUUAUGCUUAGUUUUUAAGGGAGUCUUCUGGUUGUUAAUAUGCAAGUCUUGUCAUUUUCAUUGAAAAAUAAAAUACACAAGUCUGAAUAUA